UUAAUGGUAAGAUUUUCACACAAAAUUUACUUGAAUUCGCGAAGUCCCACUUAUUACGAAUAGUUUUGUUGGCGCAUGGAUGGAGAAGCCUUUGUCUUUGAGCGUUUUAGCAUCACCUUAAAAAGAACUUGAGUAAACUUGGGAAAAAUUGCGUACCAUCGUGCUAGUACAGCAUGCCGAAAAAAGGGUCGAUUGCAAAAAAGAAACCUGCUGAGCGUGCAAAAGGUGCAGGCAAAAGCGAUGGAAAUUGUACGGACAGCAAAAUGGAUUGUGUUGACUAUAUCGAGAAGAAUUGCCAUGACCCGGCGCUACAAACAGAAAACAAGACGGGAUUCAAUAUGAAACAACCAAGCGUGCUUGCAGGAAAUUCCCAUUACAAUGCAAGCUCUUUACCAUCCUCUAAGAUUGAAAACAGAAAAUUAGCAAGAGAAAUUAAAUCAUUGGUUUUAUGGAAAUCCCCUAUGAAAACGAUGAAAUAUGCCAGUCUAGAACUUUUAUUUCUAGCUAAAAGCAACGUAGAAAGGCUUCUGAAGCAUCGUGCAGUAGUUACAAUGCUGUUCUGUGCUUUCAUUGCAUUGUUGGCUUUGUUAUUAACUCCAGGUCAACAUCAACAAAUAAUCAAGCUUUUCAAAAGCAAUGGAUUUUUCAUGAUCUACUGGCUGGGCUUAGGCAUAUUAUCAUCUGUUGGAUUAGGAACAGGACUACAUACGUUUUUACUGUAUCUUGGCCCACAUAUAGCCAGCGUGACGCUAGCUGCCUACGAAUGCAGUUCUCUAAAUUUUCCUGAACCACCGUAUCCAAACGAAAUUCUUUGUCCUGAGAGCACUAGCAGUUAUGGACAAAUUAAUCCCUCGCUGUGGUCAAUAAUGGCUAAAGUUCGCCUUGAGGCUUUUUUAUGGGGUGCCGGAACAGCAUUGGGAGAAUUGCCACCUUACUUCAUGGCUAAGGCUGCCAGACUUUCCGGAAACACUAAAGAAGAGCAUGAAAAUAUUCAGGAACUAGAAAAAUUGCAAAAACGAAAGAAAAAGGGUGAAAAAUUAACCUUUUUUGAUAAAGGUAAACUAUUUAUGGAAGAUAUAGUCGAACGUGUCGGAUUUUUUGGGAUUCUCUUAUGUGCUAGUAUUCCAAAUCCGUUGUUUGACUUAGCCGGUAUAACUUGUGGGCAUUUUCUUGUACCGUUUUGGAAAUUUUUUGGGGCGACGCUUAUUGGUAAAGCCAUCAUCAAGAUGCAUAUUCAAAAAAUAUUCGUCAUAAUCUCAUUCAACGAAAAUUUGGUAGAAAAGUUUAUUAAAUUCCUUGCAUUUAUUCCUAUUAUCGGUGUGCGGUUGCAGGUUCCUUUCAAAGUGUUUUUUGAGAACCAGAAACAAAGACUACAUCGUAAUACACAAAAGACCGCUGUAUCAAACAACGGGAACUUAUUGUCAACCGUAUUCGAAAGCUUUGUUUUCAUCAUGGUUUGUUAUUUUAUUGUUUCAAUUGUGAAUACACUUGCUCAAAAUUGCUGCAAAAGAACUCGAAAGCAACCGCAUCAUGGUAGUGACACGGAAACUCAGAAAUCAACUUAAGGAAAAUGCCUGCAUCCCACAUCAUCCGUUACUGUAGAUAUGAAGUUCUGCAACAAGGCCAUCUUGCCGUAUCUUCAAUUAUAGGUUAUUUGGUUAGUUGAAUAGCGGUACAAAAUCAGACUAAUGGAUGCAAAGUGAACCAAAAAAAGCUACUACUAAAUUUACCGUCUAUGGAAAUAUACGAAAUUGGUACCUACAGUAGUAGUAAGAUGGUAUCACUAAAUAAGAUCGUUUAAUUGAGUUGGAUCUAGUCGCAAUUUACGAUGCGGGUAUUGCACAUAGAACAAAUAUACAAAAAAGAUAACUGUG